AUGACUGUGACAAAGCUCGAUACUCUUCGUAUUGCAUCCGCCUCUGGAUCGGUGACUGACCGACGCCAUGGACUAGCGGAGCUGGCCCAAGAAGAAGAUCUACACUUCAUUGUGGGAGAUUGGAUGUCGGAGUAUAACAUGACAACUCGAGGCGGAGCAAAAGUGAAACAGAAUGAGCAGUCCUCGGAAUUCGAAACCUCGUUCAUGGAAUCGAUUGAACCCGCACUGGCUAGUAUCUCUACACGAAAGGUUAAAGUUGCCGUGAAUGCGGGGGCCAGUGACACGAAGAAGCUCCACGAUAUCCUUGUUAAGACUAUACUUGACAAAGGUCUCGACCUCAAGGUUGCGUGGGUUGAGGGGGACGAGGUUUCCGACCUCCUUAACCAGGCCAUUGAAGCGGGUGAAGAGUUUACCAACCUUACAACCGGGCAAAAAUUGUCUGACUGGGAGUUCGAUCCGAUUUACGCCCAAUGUUACCUUGGGGCAUGGGGCAUUGUUGAGGCCUUCAACCAAGGUGCUGACAUUGUUCUUUGUGGAAGAGUGACAGAUGCCUCUCCUACAAUUGCCUGUGCGGCUUAUCACUACCAGUGGAGCAGACAAAAUUUUGAUCAGCUCGCCCAUGCCUUCGUGGCUGGACAUUUCCUCGAAUGCUCUACAUAUGUUACCGGUGGUAACUUUUCUGGCUUCAAAUCAUUGCCUGGUCCUGGGGUUGACAUUGGCUUCCCCGUUGCUGAGAUCAAUGCGGGAGGUGACUUUGUUGUAACAAUCCAAAAGGGCAAAGACGGUAUGGUUACCGAGGGUACUUGCAAGGCUCAACUUCUAUAUGAGAUUCAAGGACCUCUUUACUACAAUCCUGAUGUUGUGGCUAUCUUGGAUGAUAUAAUCAUCAAGGAAGAGGGCAUCAAUCGUGUUCAUGUCUCCAAUGUCAAGAGUAUCAAACCGCCUCCGACAACAAAAAUUGGCAUUACGGCACUCGGUGGUUUCCAAGCUGAGGUCCACUAUUUCCUUUGUGGCUUAGACAUCGAAGAAAAGGCUGCACUUCUUGAAAAGCAGGUCCGUCACCUCCUUGACGAAUCGCUCUACCAUACUUUGGUCUUCCGAACAAGUGGAUCCUGCGCGUCCGAUCCUUCCAGCCAAGAUGCAGCAACAGUGGACGUGCGAAUCUUUGCUCAAUCACGCUCCGAAAGUGCUCUCGCAACGGAAAAAUUCUUCCGACCAUGCACAGACACAAUUAUGCAGAGCUACCCAGGAGCAACAUUUGCCGUGGAUGCUCGCCAGGGCGUUCCAAAGCCUUACUACGAGUAUUUCUCGUCAUAUGAGACCAAGGCUCCUUUCGAUUUGGAAGUUUUUGGUCCCACCACCCGCGCACCACUGGGCUACGUGGUUCACGCUCGAUCUGGCGACAAAGGAUCCGAUGCUAAUGUAGGUUUCUUUGUCCGCCAUGCCGAUGAAUGGGAUUGGCUGCGAAGUGUUCUCACAGUCGACAAAAUUCGAGCGUUGCUCGGCAAAGAUGAUACGGGGAACAAGAUCUUCCGCUUUGAAUUGCCAAACAUCUGGGCUGUCCAUUUCCUCUUGAAGGAUCACUUGGAUCGCGGCGUGGCAUCAAGCUCCACCUACGACGUUUUGGGCAAGAAUGUAGCGGAAUACCUUCGGUGUAAAUAUGUUGACAUUCCUGACAAGUUCUUAGCCCGCGGAAGAAUUUGA